AUGAUAAAUAAAGGGUUGUGGAUUUUCAUAACAUCGACAUUGUUGAUGGUCACUGUUUUUUCACAAGACUAUCCAACUGUCUCUGUCGAUAAGAAUGUUUUCCUACAGAGUUCAGUUUCUGUAAAUGUCAUUUUCUACCAAAAUAGCUAUACCCUACAAUUAGCUAGCAGUGCCAUUCCAUCGGGUGGAGUAGUUGUAGCCAGUGGAACCUAUAUCGAUGAUAUUCCAAAUAAUGGUUGGGGAAAUCUAACAAUUACAACACUUCCAUAUAUUUCCGAUUUAAAUCAAGCUUAUAUUGGUGGAUUCAUUGAGGGUGUAAUCACAGCAGAACGUAUCUACCAAAUGUGGACAAACUAUGCUGCCAACGAGUUUGUCAAUUCCACACCAUCGUCGACCUUGAUCAGUUACAUGAGUUCCCAAUUGCAAUGGGUUCGUCAAUCAAUCUCGGAGCCACACGACGACAAUCCAUACCCAAUGAACGAGGAAGGAACAAUCAAUGCCACCGUCUACUGGCACACCGCUGGUCUAUUGAUGGGACAAUUCGACGGUAUGGUAGCCGGUUACGCUGCCGUCCCAGCGAUGGUGCCAAUCACCGCCAUGCAACUCUAUCUCUUGUCAUCGGCUGGCGAUCUCCAAACUCUCAAUUCACUCUACGGAAAUCCAGGUGUCAACGCGAAAGUUUCGCCAUUCCUCUGGGGUAACGACAAAGGUGCCGACGCCAUCGAUUUCCUCGACUGCAGUGCACUCGUUCGUAUUAUCCCGAACAGUCAAGACGUCUAUUUCGGACACACCACCUGGCGUUACUACUAUGGAAUGAUGAGAAUUUUCAAGACCUAUCAAUUCGAAUUCCAAGAGUAUGGAAAUCCAUAUGUCGCUGCUUUCUCGAGCAGUCCAGGAUUCCUUUCUAGCAAAGACGACUUCUAUGUUACCGGUCACCAAUUGGCAGUGAUGGAAACUACCAAUGAGAUUUUCAACGACACUCUCUACAGCUUUGUCAUUCCAGAGUCAUUCUUGGUCUGGCAGCGAGCUGUCGUUUCCAACAUCCUCGCAACCAACGCACAAUCAUGGGUCCAAGUAUUCCAACAAUACAACUCUGGAACCUACAACAAUCAAUGGAUGGUUUUCGAUUACAAACUAUUCAAAUCCGGAUCGACAUUACCACCAAACACCUUCUGGAUUCUCGAGCAAAUUCCAGGUUAUUGUGAACUUGCCGAUGUAACACCAGAGUUAAAUAAGAAUGGUUUCUGGCCAUCAUAUAACAUUCCAUAUUUCCCAUAUAUUUACAAUAUCAGUGGAUACAAUGAACAGUUGGCCAAGUAUGGAAACAGCUAUUCCUACGAACAGUGUCCACGUGCUCAAAUUUUCAAUAGAAACUCGUCGUCGAUCAAUACCUACGAGCAGUUCCAGGCGAUGAUGCAAUUCAAUAACUAUGUUAGUGAUCCACUCUCACAGGGUUCACCAAUGAACGCAAUCUCAUCGAGAGCCGAUCUUCUCGCCACCGGCAAGCAAAAGGCAUUCGGAGGUGUCGACAGCAAGAUCACCAGCUCCAAACAGAUUCCAACACUCGGUGCCACCUGUAUCUCUGGACCAACACACCAAGGUCUGCCACCAUUCCGAUUCUCUGCCAAUCCAGUACUCAACGCCACCAGUCACAUCGGUCUACCAGAUCUCUGGGAUUUCGACUGGGUCGAUUUCAACUAA